AUGUUUCAUCCGAUAUUAAGUUCCUAUCGUUUUCAGUUCAUCGUGGCGUUAUUGAAAGACAUACAUGAAAGUGUAAAAAGCUAUUUCUUUGGAGUGGCCUACCUGAGGGUCUUGUUUCUUUGCGACCUCGUCAAUUGUCGCUGUGUUUCUGUUCAGUCGUUUUUUAUCCUGCUAAAGGUGUUCGUCGCCACGCACACGGAGCUGGACAACUUUCAGCUUCGAUCUGACUGGUAUACUUACGUCGUACUGAACUGUCUCCCGCGCGUUGGGAAAGAGAUUGCCGAAAAAGCGGAAGCAGACCUUGACGCUUUGUUAGAAUCGAUCGAAAAGUACCUAAGCAUCCGGAAGACGACCUAUAUGCCGUUGUUAAAAGUUUGGACGAAUGAUGAACCUCAUGUUCAGGAAGAGUAUUUAGAGUGUUUGUGGGCGCAGGUGAAGAAUCUGCAAGAGAACAAAUGGCAGACGGAUUGCGUGGUGAAGCAUCAUGUGGCAUUCGAUGCCGUAUUGUGCAACGCGCUUCAGCAUGAUCUGCCGAGUUUUACCCCACCUCCGGCUCAGGUCACAGAUCUUCCUUUCUACCCUCUGCCUAGAGCAACUUUCCGCAUGUUCGACAUGAGUGACUGCAUCGAUGAGGGUCCUCCUUUGCCUGCACCGCACUGCAUCGACCGCCAUUUGAUUGAACAGGACCUCACUUGGUUGAUUGAGAAGUACUUGAAUAACAGGAAAGAAUGCGCGGCUGCCUUGUUGAACCACAGCAAGAAAGACUCAGUUCCUCUUCAUUACGUUAUUCUCGAGGUGAUCUUCGGCCAGAUGUUCCGUCUACCGAGGUCACCGUUUAUAGAGCUAUUCUACGGAUCGUUGAUGAUCGAGCUGUGCAAGCUGCAGCCGAACAGCAUGCCGCAAGUGUUGGCGCAGGCAGCCGAAAUGCUCUACCAACGUCUAGACUCCAUGCAAGUGCAGUGCAUUGACAGGUUCAUCGACUGGUUCUCGUAUCACUUAUCCAACUUCCAGUUUCGGUGGUCGUGGGAAGACUGGGCGGACUGUCUGACAAUGAAUCCGUUGGCUCCGAAGCAGCUGUUUGUCCAGGAGGUGCUGCAGAAGUGUAUGCGUUUCUCGUUUCACCAACGCGUCCUCGACUUCAUGCCGUCUAGCUUUGCCCCGCUGGUGCCGACCAAACCAACGCCGAAUUUCAAAUACACACAGGAAGGUUCACGUGAGUUUCUUCUUGUAUAA